ACCACCAGUACCAUUACAUUUCUCCUACUUUCAACGCAUUCACCGAUACUUCCCCAGUACCACCUCAACUCUUCGAUAGUGAACUACUAUACUAUUAAUACCAUUUUGCAUCCCAGUGAAGAUUAUAACAUUGUCUUGAAUAUGGUUAUGACUUGAGUUCGCGUUGUGAAUAAGUGUUAAUUUUAUAAUAUGUUAUAAAACCAUUAUACUUCGAUUCAGUUCCUCUAGAGAUUAUAUACCUGUUAGUGAUAAUUCAAAAUUAAAUUAUUGUAAUUAUGUUUAAUGAUUUAAGUAGUAUACGCUUUCCGAGUGUGUUUUAAGUAACUUACAAUUUAUACUUCUAAUUAUUGGAUUAGUGGACUUAAACUGUCAUGUACGGAAGACGCUUACCAGUACUGACGGCAUCAUUGGCUGUGAUAAACUUAUGUACCUGUGCUAAUAUUCUAAUGAUAACGAUGGGAGGCACCAAAUCCCACAAAAUCCCCUUCUGGGAGCUGGCGAGAGGACUGAUUCCACGAGGCCACAACGUGACGUUUAUCAACGCCUUUCCCGCGGACUUUCUUCUACCGGGACUAGAAGAAAUUAGUCCUGCGGGGUUAGUUUUCUACGUGAAAAAUUUCACCAAUUGGGAUCUUGUAGGGAACAGGAUAAAGGGGGAGGAACCUGUGCCACCGUUGGAUAUGGUGCGGUAUGGUUAUGAGGCAUGCGAGGUUCUUCUUUCCGACACUGAAACAAAGGACUUCCUCUACUCUCGCCACAGAUUCGACCUCCUAAUUCUAGAUGGAGCCUAUCCUGAAUGUGCACUAGGAUUUGUACACCACUUUAACGCUCCAUUCAUGUACAUCAACACUGUGGGUUUUUACAUGGGAUCUAUCUCAUUAGCAGGGAGUCCCACGCCUUAUUCUGUAACGCCAUUCCUGGCGUUGUCUUUGACAGACAAUAUGAACUUGUACCAAAGGACUAAAAAUACACUUUGGAAUGUCGCUGCCAAUGCCAUGCACUCAGUAAUGGUCAAGUGGAUGAUUCAAAACGUGGUCAGAAGUCACUUUGGAAACGACGUCCCUCCCAUAUAUGAAUUGUCAAAAAAUGUAAGCUUUAUACUACAAAAUGGUCACGCUACCGUCACGUAUCCUAGACCAUAUUUACCAAAUGUAGCCGAAAUUGCUUGUAUCCACUGCAAGAGAGCUAAGCCUUUGCCUGAUGAUCUAGAAGACUUCAUCAGGGGUUCAGGCGAUGCUGGUUUCAUUUACUUCAGUAUGGGGUCUUCUGUGAAAGCCGCCAAUAUGCCCAGUUAUCUCAGAAGAAUGCUUAUGGUAGUAUUCAGAAAACUACCUCAAAGGGUUCUGUGGAAAUAUGAGGCUGAAGAUGAUAUGCCCGACUUACCCAGCAAUGUAAAGUUAGGAAGGUGGCUACCUCAGCAAGAUAUAUUAGGUCAUCCAAAACUACGAGCCUUCGUAACACAUGGAGGCCUCCUCAGCAUGUUCGAAACAGUCUUCCACGGAGUUCCUAUCGUUUCCUUACCAGUGUUCUGCGAUCACGAUUCCAACGCAGCAAAGGCAGAGAACGAUGGUUACGCUCUAAAACUGGAUUUGUCAAAACUGACAGCCGAGAAAUUGCUAUGGGCCAUAAAACAAGUAAUUUAUGAACCUAAAUACAGAGAAGAAGUGAAAAAACGUCAAUUCCUGCUAAUGGACCAAUUGGAAACGCCAUUGGAGCGUGCGAUAUAUUGGACGGAAUACGUUCUUCGACACAGGGGUGCCAAGCAUCUUCAGUCGCCUUCUAGGAAUCUAGGGGUUUUUCAAUAUUAUUUAAUAGAUGUAGUACUAGUUUUACUGUUUGCAGUGAUAGUCCUCUAUAUGCUUGUUAAAUGUUGUUGGAAAUUGUUAAUGCACUAUUUUGUUUCUGGUUCGCUGGCAACCAGCAGGUGUAGAAAGAAUAUUAAAAUAGAUUAAAGAAACAGCUAAACUAUUAAAAUAUUUUGGAUAGUACAAUGAUCGUUGAGUGUGUGUGUAAAUAAAAGUGUGCAACUUAGAACCGAUUUUUA